CCCUCCCACCCCCCCACCCUCCUCACCCUCCUCACCCCCACCAUUGCUCGGCUCGGCGCCGACAUGGCGACUCUGCUCCGCAAGAUCGGUCUGAUUCGCCUCCACGACAGAGACACGGAGGGUCCGAAGCACCAGGGCUCCCGCAAGGCGAGCAAGAGCGGCGGCCAGAAAAGCAGCAGCAGCAGCAACAGCAAGCAGUGCAACACCCCGAGCAACGAGAGCAUCGUGCUGCAAUCCGACCUGCACCAGCAGCAGCAGCAGCAGCAACAACAGCAACAACUUCAGCAGCAACAACUACAACAACAGCAGCAGCAGCAGCAGCAAAGCCACAAGAAGUACGAGCCGCCCCCAGUCACCAAGGACAGCGGCAAGGACAGGCAGCAGCAGCAGCAGCAGCAGCAGGCUGGCAGCAAGGUGCCCCCGGCCAGCGCCAGCAGCACGGGCGGAGGGGCCGUCCCGGGGCAACCCCCCAACAAGCAGCACUGCGCCCAAGUGCGGAGCCGCCGGCUGAUGAAGGAGCUGCAGGACAUCCGCAAGCUGAACGACCACUUCAUCAGCGUGGAGCUGGUGGACGACAACCUGUUCGAGUGGAACGUGAAGCUGCUGCAGGUGGACAAGGACUCGGCGCUGUGGCAGGACAUGAAGGAGACCAGCACCGACUUCAUCCUCCUCAACCUCAACUUCCCCGAUAACUUCCCCUUCUCGCCGCCCUUCAUGAGGGUCCUCAGCCCCCGCCUGGAGAACGGCUACGUGCUGGACGGAGGCGCCAUCUGCAUGGAGCUGCUCACCCCGCGGGGCUGGUCCAGCGCUUACACCGUGGAGGCCGUUAUGAGGCAGUUUGCGGCCAGUCUGGUCAAGGGGCAGGGACGAAUCUGCAGGAAACUGGGGAAGACAAAGAAAUCCUUCACCCGCAAAGAAGCAGAAGCAACGUUUAAAAGUUUGGUGAAGACGCACGAGAAAUAUGGCUGGGUUACUCCUCCUGUGUCCGAUGGUUGAGCCACAGAGCUCCCAAUGUCUGCAGCCCCAAAAACACUACCAUCUUCUCAGUGCUGUGUACGAUCCAUUCUUUCUAUUUAAGCUUCAGUUAGACAUGGUGACACAAAGGAGACAUUUAAGUUAUUUAUGAACGGAGAUGUUUACGGAUAAUCGCCUAAAGGGAUUUCUUUUUUGUGAUGGGUUGGGGUGGGAGGGGAGGGGAAUGGAAGACUUGUUUCGACGACGGAUUGAGUUCACCUGAAUUCGGCUGUACUGCAUUGUGUUUGCAUCAUUUUCCCAUCCUACUGCUUCUCUCCAUGCUGGUGGUAAACAGAUCAGAUAGACCUUGCAUUUGCCUCGCCACUCAUUUCAACUCGAAGUGAAGCAGUUAAUAUUUAACACCCAGGGUGACAAGUAGUGGUUGACAUUUUGCUGUGCUGUUUUUCACAGGUCAAUGCAACUUGAAGAUUGUAAUUUCUGUGGAGCUGUGCUCUAUCGUGGCUAAAAUUAGAAGUUCUACAUGUCGUGUAGCUGCUCAUCGAUCACUGAAAGCAAACUGUUCUCAUUUGAAAUCCAGUGAGAUGAAAGUAGGGAGGGGGAGUGUGGGGUGGGAGGGUUAGGGAACGUGUUCCAGCAUUGCUUAGUAUUGAUUGACAUCAUUGUGCAUUAUUUAUGAAAACUGUCUCUCACAGUGAUCACUGCUGUCUUUCAAACCACAAUCUCACAGGGUUAAUGUGCCUAUGUGGUAAAUAAAUGUCAGGGUUAAUAGUAGAAUUGUACAUCAGAUGUUUGUCAGAGUAAAGGGAAAGCAACAUGCUCAUGAUAGAUUGUAGCGGAGUAGCUUUAAGAUGCUGCAGAGAUGUUAAAUGAAAAAAAUCCUGCGUUACAUAACAUGUCUUAAUGAUUCAGAUGUUUCAAUUCUUUCUGUAUCUGCAUGUUUAAGGACUCUGUGGUUGGUAGUUUUCAAGUUUUCUAAAAGAAUGUCGCUAUCAUUUGUUCUGUGUCAAGAGCUGUUACAUUUUUGUCAAGUGGUAAUGACAUUUGUGUUUAUUUUCUGUUUAAUUUAUUUGUGGUUUGCCAAAUGCGUAGCCUUUUCAGCAUGUGACGGGUAUUCUGACUGAAAAAAAAACCCUCAAUGAACCAAAUUUGAUAAAAACUGCGGGUGAUUUUCAAUCGCGCAAACGUUGGUGUUUCUGUACUUUUUUUUUGGCGGCCAGGUAUUUGAAAAAAAAAUGUAAAAGGCAAAGAAAGAUGAAAAAAAGAAGAAAAUAUCAUAUUUGACAGCAAAUAAAUGCUCUUUUUAACCUGC